CCCCACAAAUACCAAAGCAUUCGCCAAGAUGCUUUUAGUCUGUUUGAUUGAAACAACCCAGAUGACGUGCACACAUACAGUUUCUUUCAGCACUUUUACUGUGCAUACAUCUUUGCGUACGAAUUUCACACCAACAUGACUACUAGAACAAAGACGCCGCAAAGACGACCGCGCUUGAUACUUACAGGAAGGCUGUGGCGUCCUAUGCAAAAUCCCCUAUUAAUUGCGCCAUUCCUUGGUAACCCUGAAUAGAGAGGCCUUCGCUUCCGUGUGUAGCAGCGUAUUGAAUGGCUCAUGACCGCAUGUAUUAUCAGCGAGCUGCUUCGCUUCAAUACGUUCAACGUCGGGCAUUCCACCUCGAAUGUGGCAGGAGAAUACUAAACACGACUUGGCUAGAAUCACCGAAUUCAUGCGAGGCAUGAGCCACUAUCUACGAUGCUUCUCGGCUGCAUCAAGGAUAAGUCUAGACAAGUCUUUCCCGCUCAUAGCCCGCUCACUACACCUUCCCCUUUGGGAUAUGCCAAGUUGCACCUCCACCCUUCAACCUGGAAUCUCCAGCAAACAAGACAGGAAUACCAGAGGUUGCCAAGUCGAGAAUAGAUGGAAACAUUCCGCAUUUACCUAUCUGCUCCUACAAACGGUCCAUCUCCCGCUCGCCUGCAGAAAGCUUAGCAUAGAGGUACCUGCCUCAUCCGACCAAGAUUCAUGAUAGCACCUUGGUUGCUCCGCGCCAUGUCAUGUGCAGCGUCGUUGCUGUGUAUGGGGAAGGCAGCGUAGAAGCGCCGAUCGACAUUAUAAAAGAGAAUGUCCUGGCCAUCAACCACAAUCUGAUCUCCAGCACGCUGUCCUCAAGGUGUACAAUCUGAACCGCCAUCAUGAAGGCCUCCCUCUUCCUCCUCAGUUCCAUUGUCUCGCUCGUAUCUGCUGUCAGCGUCCCGCGGACAACAGAGAAGGUUGACUACACUGGCUUCAAGGCUCUCCGCGUGACUCUCCCAGAGUCGAGCAGUGAGCUCGAGGCCCAGAUUGAGGAGCUUGCCAUCCAUGUUCUCAACCCGGGAGUCGCUGAGCAUUUGGACGUCGUUGUAUCACCUGAUCAGGUCGAUGCCAUCACCGCUCUGGUCUCAGACACCACUGUGCUAGUCGAAGAUGUCGGCGCCGCCAUCGCGGAAGAGGGCGAACUCGUGUCUUCCGAUGAUGAGAUGAGCGUACAAGCCGUUCCCCAAGAAUCCUGGUUCACAGCUUACCACCCAUACGCCGAUCAUUUGACCUUCCUACGGGAUCUUCAAGCCGGUUUCACAUCUCAGUCCGAGAUCAUCACUACCGGUACCUCUGUUCAAGGUCGCGUGCUCACUGGAAUCCACAUUUGGGGAAGCGGCGGCAAAGGAUCGAAGCCGGCCGUCAUUAUUCACGGAACUGUGCACGCCCGUGAAUGGAUCACCACCAUGACCACCGAGUACCUUGCAUGGCAGUUGCUGACCAAGUACGGCUCCGAUGCUACCAUCAAGGCCAUGGUCGACAAAUUCGACUACUACAUCAUCCCCAUUGUCAACCCGGAUGGUUUCGCCUACACCCAGACCGGUGACCGCCUCUGGCGCAAGAACCGUCAGACUGUCUCAAGCUCCACCUGUCUUGGCCGUGACAUCAACCGCAACUGGCCUUUCCAAUGGAGUACCGCCGGCGGCGCCUCAACUUCCCCCUGCUCUGAAACCUACAAAGGACUCGCUGCAGGCGAUGCCCCCGAAAACCUUGGUCUCCGCACCCAAGUUGACCAGCUUCGUGCCGGUCGCGGUAUCGCUCUGUACCUCGACGUUCACAGCUACGGUCAAUACAUCCUCUGGCCCUUUGGCUACAGCUGCAGCGCCGUUGUCGACACCAACGCCGCCUACCGUAGCCUCGCUACCCGCGCUGCUGCCGCGAUCCGUGCCGUUUCUGGAACCGCGUAUACGUUUGGUCCGUCGUGUUCCACGCUUUAUGCUACUACCGGAAGCUCGGUCGAUCACAUUGAUCAAGUUGGCGAUGCAAAGUUUGCGCUUACCAUUGAGUUGAGGGAUAAGGGAACCUAUGGGUUCGUGCUGCCUGCUAACCAGAUUCAACCUACGGUUCGCGAGACGUGGGCUGGGUUUGUUAGUAUGGUGCAGGAUGCUUAA